UUUGGAAAAGAAUAUUUUUUCAGCAAUCUUAGAGACAUAUAACAUCGAUUCGUAUAUAAAUGAAUAUCGACAACUGUCACUGACCAUCGCGUUAAUUGCGAUUACGAUUUCAAGCAAAUGCUAUUCACGUCGAAAUAAGGGAAGCGAACCAUUAUGUUUUAGUACGCUCGACGCUCACCUGUAUAUUCAACCGACGCGGAAUUAACACCGGAGCGCUAUUCCCAGAUAUAUAUCCGAGUGGGGUUGCGGGCGAACACGUGACCGAGAAACGUGCCUCUCCCGGUGCACGUGGACCCGGGCGCAUCCCCCGAUAUCGGCCGCUGACGCGCCUCGUGCCUUCAACCCUCUUUCGUUCAAAGACGGAAGAGAAGCUUCCAUUCGUCUCAGUCAUCGCCGAGUCUCCUCAGGCUGUGUGUGUACGAAAUUGCAUCGUCAGUUUUCGCGAGUUGACGCGCUACGAGAGUACGAAGUCGAGAGCGAUCGGACACGUAUUAUUCGCGCGCGUAAAAAUUCACCUUAAAUUAUACUGAGAGACGCAUUAAAACCUUGACAUCAUGGUGCAUCCGUCUAUAAUUCUUCGUGGUCGCGACUGCGUUCUCGAUUCGGGUUAUGACGUGAGAAUGAUAAUCGAUAGAUUUAAACGACGUUAUCUCAAAGAAGCUAGCUACCGGGUUCGCGUAAUAACGCAACGAGUUUAAUCCGCGAAUCAUAGAAUCGAGAUCGAUCUGAACGCAGCAAAGGGUUCCUUUCGCGGGGAUAAUCAACAGUUACGGCGGAACAUAACACAUGUUCCUUUAUGUGACAAACUCGUGGAUAGUUUGACGACGAAUGCGGAAAACUGGAUAAAACAAAUAUAAUAUAUCUGCUCCAAUUUUGAGUGAUAAAAUAUAAGAGAAUAUAAAUGUGCAUCGUGAACAAAAACUGCUAUUACGAUUAAAGCGAUAUAAAAGCCAAUCGUCGUCACAUUAUAAUUAAUAAAUUAUUUUGCGACGCAAAAACAUAUUGAAAAUUAACAUUAAUAUUUUUGUAAUAAUAAAUAACCCGUAAAGAUAAACUUGCUUAUCGAUAAAAAAAUAUUCCAUUAUCUAAAAACAUUGUCAUUGCAUCUAAAUCAACGAAUAUUACGUGAAAUAAUAACGGACAAUUUUUCAUUAAAAAUCGAAGACAAAUAUGGUGUCGAAUCUUAAGUGAUUGUAUGAAAACUGUUGAUAUUCAAUAUACAUCUUACAUCCGAUAAGAAAAAAAGAAAACUGUCGAAUCCAGAAUGGAUUCCUGCGACUGGACGCGAAUGGGAAACGAAGAGAGAGAGAAGAUGGCCGGUGCGGACGCGGCCGCCGCCUCCUGGCAGCAGUGUUAUACCUGGUGCACGCCGUACUCGCAUCCGCAUCCGCAGCCCCACCAUCACCACCCUCAUCAUCCCCGUCAAUACCAGGAUAGCCAGUAUCAGCAACUACCGGGGAGCGCCUCCACCGCCGUAAACGCUUCCACUGCCCACUACCCGUCCUCCCAGCAGCAUCAUCUGCAACUGCAAACCGCCCAGCCGCCGCCUCUGGACCAACAGCCGCAUAUUCACCCUAUUAAAGGACAAAUCGGGCUCAGGAGAGCAGUUGCUUAUGACAGACCAGGGAAACAGGGCAAAGAUGGACCAGAGGAAAAGAAAGAUGCCGAUGGCGAACUUUGGGGCAACGUGGAAGCGCAGGCCGCCUUCCUCGGGCCCACUCUCUGGGACAAAAGUCUGCCCUACGAUGCCGACCUGAAGGUAUUAAAUCAUUACGUCGAUCUCGAUGAGUUUCUUUCCGAAAAUGGCAUCCCCGUCGAUGGUGUGGCUGGUGGUGGACAAGGUACCAUGCAGGCUAGCCAGCUUCAUAAAAUCAACAAUACCGAGGCCGCCGGACAUCAGGGACCAGCGGGUCUGCACUUGGAACCAGUUACCAAACGCGAAAGAUCACCAUCGCCCAGCGAAUGCUGCUCGCCAGACACCCUGAACCCACCCUCUCCCGCGGAUUCCAAUUCCGAGGACUCGUCACGAAUACAAUAUGGCUUGUCUCUUGUAGCGCUCUCGAUGGCCUCAUCGGGGCGAGACUUCGAUCCACGUACCCGGGCCUUCUCCGACGAGGAGCUCAAACCCCAACCUAUGAUCAAGAAAUCGCGGAAACAGCAGUUCGUUCCGGAUGACUUGAAGGAUGACAAAUACUGGGCGCGUCGUAGGAAGAACAACAUGGCAGCGAAACGAUCGCGAGACGCGCGUCGCAUGAAGGAGAACCAGAUAGCACUCAGGGCCGGCUUCCUCGAGAAAGAGAACAUGGGUCUGCGACAGGAGUUGGACCGGUUAAAAAACGAGAACAUGUUGCUGCGCGACAAACUGAGCAAGUACACGGACGUCUAACAUCUCGUCCUCGAUAAUGCAUCAGCCCGAGCGAUACACGAAGAAGGAGAGAGACAUAGAGAGAGAAAGAGAGAAAGAGAGAAAAAGAAAUAGGGAAGAAAGGGAGAGAGAAGAACACGAGGGUGCAUAACACCAGCUGCAGCCCCCUUCUUACUUACACUCGCAGCACAUAGCAGUCUUCGUGUCUUUGCGGAGAAGCCAAGAGGAUGCAGAGCACGUUGACGAAUAUUACCAACUCCCGAACCCGACUGCCGCCGUCCUACAGAGCCGACAACUUUCGGAGAAAAAUCUUCGAGGACCUCUAUUCUCUAUCUUUCUCUCUCUCUCUCUUACUUUCGCGAAUAAAAUUUUUAUCGAGUCCUCGCUCCUUGUCCCGCUCUAGAGAAAACUCCUUCUCUUGUAAAUAGUUAUAUGUAUAGUUAGAUUAUACACACAUAUACACAUACAUAUACAUACAAACACACAUACGUACAUUUGCGUGCGAGCGUUAUAUAUGGAUAUAUAUAUAUAUAUAUAUAUAAAAAGAAAAGAUUAUAUAUACACACACAUACAUACACGAGUAUCUACAUCUGAGGAAGGAGACCAUAAUGUCAUACGUACAUAAAUUCGCGCAUGCAACGCUCGACGAGAUGCGCCGAUUUCGCGACCGAGUCUUCUAAAUUUACAUCGUGCCGUAUUUGGAAGGAAUUAUAUUGUGGCGAGAAAAUCAGCUGUCUAUAAGGCAUAAGAUUCGACCUUUAAUUCGGCGAAGAAAGGGCGAAUCUCGUCGACGUUGAGCACUGCCACACAUAAAGGAGCUAUAUCGUUCGAUUAAAUCGACAUGGAGCGGAGGCGAGCGAAGGCUGAGAGAACUCGACGCUUUUCUGCGCACGAGUUAAUUAUCCUGGUUCUUCGAGAAUGCGUUAAUUACUGUAGCGUAUCCCACGUGGUGAUGGUACACAAGUGAUUCUAGUUGUUUUAAUCGUAAGAUAGAUGAUAUAUACGUGUUUUGUUUUUUUCAACGCUUCUCUUUUCUUCCUCUCUCUCUCUCUCUUUCUUUCUCUUUCUUUCUCUUUCUCUCACUCACUCGCUCACUAUCGAUCUAUCUAUCUAUCUUUAUUUUAGCGUGUAGCGAAUCAAUCCGGCCACGCGAGGAGUGCGCGAAAGGCGUCGCGACGCGACUCCAUUCUUUUCUUCUUUCGUAAUAUCGCCCAAUAUCGGCGGCUCGGAAUACGAACAAUGAACGGGCCAAUCCCGAGAUAUCCCGAGAUAUCCUUCUACCGCGUAGCGAACAAAUUUUGUACAGGAUGCCCUCUUUUGUAAAAUAUACUUUAAGAUGCAUCGAGUCAUCCUGACAAGAGCGACGGUUACGCGCUGUGUGUCUUUGACGGGAUUUAUUAACGCGGGGUUGGAGACGAAUGGAAUGAAACCGUACCGUGUCCGACGAUCGAAUCGCGUAGCCUCUAACACAGAUGGAUGUGUGCAUCGUCGAUGUUAAUCGUAGGCGUCAUAAGUAAAAAGAAAAGAAAUGUUACACGAGAAUACGAACCAUCCGUGCUUAAACAUAAGCUAGUUGCACAGGCUCGCGUGUGCACUGGCCCCUUUCCUUCCCGCCCCUCUUCUCUUUUUAAGUUUUUAGAUGUUUAUUUUUUCAUCACCGUGUGAGAGCUCGGUGACGGUGAUCGAGAGAGCAAAAGCGAAACCGACUAAGAGAAAUGCGCUUUUUUAUGAAAUAACUAUAUAACGAGAAUCUAUAUUGUACAGAUCAACGCGAGCUCGAGAACAAUAUCUGAACUAGUUCUGCUCGUUGCAAAAUUUAACGAUAAUAAUCAAAUACCGUGCGUUUCGAACAUUUCCAGCAGCGUGGCUCCGGGACAGCCAAAAUAACGAGCGGAAUUUGUAAUCCAAUCGCUACAAUUAAUUUUGAGAAUAAUUACGAACGGCGAGAUGACACUUUCAGUUUCGUUUGACGUUUGGGCAUACAGGCGAUAAUACGUAAUGGCCUUGUUUUCCUCUCGUACGAUGCACAAACGCGAAACGCAAAGGUUUUGUACAUAUAUUCUUUUAUCGGCCAGGAGGGUAAAACAGAUCAUGUUAUGAGAUUUCAAUUUAACUUCGCGUUUGAACGACGGCAAAUCCGCUUUAGAUAUUGCAGGACGAUUUCGCGCGCAAAAACUUAAAUUUUAUUCUCGUUUUAUUCUCGUUAUCCUCGUAUUUUAGAUAUUAUUGAUAUUCAUUUAUCAUGCAUAUUUUUAUUAUAUACAUUCGUUAUAUACGUAUAAAAUCGUAUACGUAAUUUUAUCGGAGUGUAGAAUUUAUAUUUUGUAGAUAUAUGUAUAUGUAAUAGAUCAUUGUACGUUCAUGCGCGAACGCAUUGAUCUCAUUGUUGAUUGAUGAUUUAUCGUCAUUAAAAUGAUUUGCCGAAAGUCGCGCGCGAAAUCGUUUCAUACACAAUUCUCCACGAUUGCCUUGCACAUUUUGACAGCGAAAUGCUGCGCGUAUGACGAUGAAUUCGACAAGCGAUGAAUUAUUGAAUCGAUAUCUUGCGUCGACAGAUUUAGCAAAUAUCUUCACCGAUCUAGAAUCAUAUAUAAUUUCGAUAGCGGCACAAAAUUUUACUUUCCAGAAAUGUUAUAUCGUAAAUUAGCGUUACCUGAUAAGAUAAUCAUUGCAUGGCUUUUCAUUCCGACGCAAUGAGUUAAAGAGAAAAAAAUUAGUAUGAUAUUGCGGCGUGAAAGCGUAAGAGCGAGAAUGAAAUUUCGCGUUUGAUUGUAUACGAAAUUUCUCACAUCAUUCUUAUAAAGAAUAUAACGUAGAAUGCAGAGAAGUUUUUAAUUAUUUACGAUAUCUACUUGAAGAUUAACGCGAGCCAAUAUCAAGUUCGUGCGAUAUCAAGUUCGAUGCGUGUUCUGCUUUUUACGCACGCUCGUCAUCAUUAAGGGCAAUACGAAAUUUUGCAAAAGACAAAAACGAUUUUUUCGUGUGUACAACAUUUAUACAUAUAACACGGUAAAGUAUUUAAAAUGAUCUUUUGUUUGUCGUGGGCAGGAAACAAGAUUUAUAAUAUCGAAAAUCGAUCGUAUUGUUGGCGUACAAAUGUAACUUAUUAUUAACUCAUUUUCCGAUCACACCGUCCCGGCGCCAUUAAUGAUGCUGAAUGUGCGGUAUGAUGUGGAUCUCGGCACAAGUUACUGGCCUAUAAAAAGCGCAUUAGCAUGAUUGACAUACACUGCAAUCCGACGAUAGUAAUAAUAAAUAAAAUAGUAGAGAGUUAUAUAGCAAGCGCGACAGACGCGGCCGCCGGCUUUGCUCCAAAUAGAAUGGUAAGAAAAUGAGAUAGAGGACACUGCCGCGUCUUCGAUAUAAAUAAUCGUCCGAUCCACUUAAACAAAAUAUGGAAAAAACAUGAGAAGAAUUAGAUAUGACCACCAACACAAGAAACCUAUUGUAUCACAUUUCGAGAAAUAUAUGUAUUUGUUAUUGUUUUAA